GCUCUUGUCUGCAAGGCUUCCCCAUCUGGAUGGAGUUCAGCUGACGACUCUUGUCAGGACAGCUCGCCCAGGCAGCAAGCUUGUUGCUCCCCGCUCCCCACCCCCAACCCCAGCACCUCCUUUUCUAUAGGUGCCACAUGCCACAAUUUAUAGACAGACAUGACUCGCCUGAUUGUUGCAGUCUCGGCCUGGAAUAAUUUUAAUUAACAGGAAAAUGGUCCUCAAUUCACCGAUUAGACCUCUUCAGGUACAACAAGAUAAAAGCCUGAUAAUUUGGAUGGAGUACUCUUCUUAAACAUCUACUGAAGGCAAGGCAGCCAAUGGGAAAGCCAGGCGGGCUCCCACCUGAUCCAGUGUGUAAUUAAGAGAGCGCUUUUUCUUCUCCAUCUCUCCCCACCCUCUCCACCCUGCUCCCCAACCGAAGCUUAACAGGUUGGCGGCAUAAUUUGGAGACUUUCAGGGGUGUCACACUAGAAGCUUAAGCAAGAGCCGAGGCAUCUCCUCCCACUCCCAGACACUGACCAUCUGGGCUUGAAAAGCUAGCAACUGAGGCAAGGAAGCAACUGGAAGCCAAGAAGGUGGGCAGGGCUCUCUGCAAAGUUUGAGAAGGGCCUAUGGCCAUGAGUGAACUGGGCACACAGAAGGCUGGAGAAGGCACCGUGUCUCGCCUGCUUAAUGUGGUGGAAAGUGAGCUUCAGGCAGGCAGGGAGAAGGGAGACCCGACGGAGAAGCAACUUCAGAUCAUUCUGGAGGAUGCCCCCCUCUGGCAGAGAUUCAAGGAAGUCACUAACGAAAUGAUCGUGACCAAGAACGGCAGACGGAUGUUCCCUGUCCUGAAGAUUAGUGUCACGGGACUGGACCCCAAUGCCAUGUACUCCCUUCUGCUGGACUUUGUCCCGACGGAUAGUCACCGCUGGAAGUACGUCAACGGUGAAUGGGUACCCGCAGGCAAGCCAGAGGUCUCUAGCCACAGCUGCGUCUACAUCCAUCCCGACUCCCCCAACUUUGGGGCUCACUGGAUGAAAGCUCCCAUCUCCUUCAGCAAAGUGAAGCUGACCAACAAGCUCAACGGAGGUGGGCAGAUAAUGCUGAAUUCUCUGCAUAAGUACGAGCCUCAGGUCCACAUAGUACGUGUUGGAGGGGCCCAUCGGAUGGUCAUGAACUGCUCUUUCCCUGAAACACAGUUCAUCGCUGUGACUGCCUAUCAGAAUGAGGAGAUAACAGCUCUCAAAAUCAAGUACAACCCUUUCGCCAAGGCCUUCUUGGAUGCCAAGGAAAGAAACCACCUAAAGGACAUUCCAGAGGCCGUCUCUGAGAGCCAGCAUGUCACCUAUUCUCACUUGGGAGGCUGGAUCUUUCCCAACCCGGAUAGCAUGUGCACAGCAGGAAACACCAGUUACCAGUAUGCUACGCCUUUGCCCCUGCCUGCGCCCCACACUCACCAUGGCUGUGAGCACUACCCUGGCCUCCGAGGACACCGGCAGGCUCCCUACCCUUCUGCGUACAUGCAUAGAAACCAUUCUCCCUCAGUGAAUUUGAGAGAAAGCUCGAGCAACAAUCUGCAAGUUUUCUCAGGACCUGACAGCUGGACUUCCUUAUCUUCCACACCCCAUGCCAGUAUCCUGUCGGUACCCCACACCAAUGGGCCAAUCAACCCAGGGCCUGGCCCCUACCCGUGCCUGUGGACCAUCAGCAAUGGAGGUGGGGGCCCGGUGGCGUCGGGCUCAGAGGUGCACGCCAGCACCCCGGGAACGUUUCUCCUUGGGAAUCCUGCUGUCACUUCACCUUCCUCCGUGCUCCCCACCCAAGCAACCACUUCGGCUGGUGUGGAGGUCCUGGGUGAGCCUUCACUGACCAGCAUUGCUGUAUCCACCUGGACAGCGGUGGCUUCACAUCCCUUCCCAGGCUGGGGUGGACCAGGUGGAGGUGGGCGCCGUUCCCCCUCUUCAUUGGAUAGUUAGGUGGGAUCUUAGGAGCGUCUACCAGCAGAGAACCAU